GAACAUGUGGGUCACCACUGUCUCGUCUACGGUCGAGAAAAGCGGUGCGAAGUGUUCUCCGUGUCACAAAAAUCUUUUCUUACAAGAUCAUCUUCCAUCCUACGGUCCUCAUGUGCAAGUGCGACGUCACGAUGGUCCCGAACGUACCGUCUCGGGAGGCCCCGAUCCAGGAAGAAGUUACCGACGGCGGAGACGGGUUCUUCGCCGCUCUGCAGAAGCUGUUUACCAAGUUGGGGGACAUUUUCGUCCCGGGCCACAAGACCAGCCCACCGCUCUCUUCUGUCUUCGAAAGAGACCACACGAAAGAACCCGACUGGAAAGAAAACCAUCCCCAAGUUAGAUACAAAAGCACCGAGAGCGCAGAAGACUUGUCCCUCUUGUGCAGAGACUGGACGUUUGACGACACAAUGGAUCACUUCGCAUGUGAGCGACUGUCCAACAAGCUACAAGACGCCCUGCGGAGGGUGCGGCAGAGAUACCUGCAGUGCAACCUGGUGGUGCCGGACAACCUCACGCAGAAGAUCGCCAGGGACGUGAUGCGGAUGUCCGACAACGAACCCUGCGGUCUGCGCGGGUGUCUCAUCCACACAGUGUACGAAGAUUCAGACGUAUCGAAACAGGUCGGUCGGGUGAACUACGACCCAGACACAGUGAACACGUUCGAGCUUACGCUGACCCUGAGAAGAGACCGUGCCGCGUGGCUGAACUCCCUACAGGCACUCCUCCCGUUCUCUGGGUGCUCUGGGCAGAAAACAGUCACACUGAGCUCUGGCUACAAGCUGGUCAAGAAGAAGUUGUACCGCCUCAGCGACAAGAGAAGUGAAGUCAUCGAGUACCCUCGGUAACACGGUUCUUUGGGAAAGACACUGGUUGGACAGUCUGAAAGACACUGUUUGGACAGUCUAAAAGGCAGUUGGUGAUUGGAGAUCAUUGGACAAUGUGAAAGACUUGUGAUUGGAUUAUGUAAGAGGCUGUGAUUGGACAAUGUGAGAGGUUGUGAUUGGACAGUGUUGAAUUGGUCUGGACAUGCUCAGGUUAGAUUACGAAGGAAGCGCUGAAGAGAGGCAGCUGAAAAAUGAUAAGACAAAAUAUUGUCUGACUGAGACGUAAGCUUCUUUGGUAACUUGCUGUAGCCAAGCAUUGAUGAUUUGAUACUUGCAAUAUAUCCUGGUGCUCUGGUCCAUGAACGGACAAGUGAAAAAGGCAGCUAAGAGUGCAAACUGCCAAAUUAGUGUUAAAAACUCCUGU